AGAGGUGAGUGGAAACAGAGGUGUAUUAGAGUUUAAUGGCCGAAUUUGAUAAACCAUUUUGACCAGAGACACCCCCGGCCCCCCAUUUCUGUGUCUCUCUCUUCCUUUAUCAAUCCAACGUUACUCUGAGUCUGCUCUAAUUCUAAUUUGUUUACUUUUACACACACACCAGCUUCCCUCCUUUUUCUCUUUCUCCCGUUCUUUUUUUUUUCUCUCUCACGAUCCCAAGUCUUUGAUGGGUUUGUAGAUAUGGCCGUCCAGCUCAUGAACACGCAGCCGCAGCCUCAACCCCAGCCCCACUACUGUGUCUCCACUUCCACUUCCACUGCCCGGAAAAUGGAAGCCCACGCAGUCCAAGAAGCCGCCUCCGGCCUCGAAAGCGUCGAGAAGCUCAUCCGCCUGCUCUCCAACGCCCACCAACACAACUCCUCCUUACCCAAUUCCAACUCCAAUUCUACCCUCGAUAUCCCCACCCACAUCGACAACGACUGCCGCGCCGCCGCCGAUGCCGCCGUCUCCAAGUUCAAGAAAGUCAUCUCUCUUCUCGCCCGCAAUCGCCUCGGUCACGCACGCUUCAGAAGAGCGCCUCUCCCUCAAGUCCGCUACGUGACCCCGAUCCAGCAGAUCCCGCCCCACCACCCCCGCGCCGCCGCCGAUGUCGAUAACAAGGACGACCCUUUCACUACCACUCUUAAUUUCUCCUAUUCAUCGCCCCGUGGCUCCUUCAUCUCCUCGUUGACCGCCGACGCCGAAGCCGACACCAAGCUUCAGCCCUCCUCCUCCUCCUCCGCCUUCCAGAUCACUAACCUCUCCCAGGUCUCCUCCGCCGGAAAACCCCCCCUCUCUACUUCUUCGCUCAAGAGGAAGUGCAGCUCCGAUAACUUGGGAUCCGGCAAGUGCGGUGGCUCUUCCGCCGGCCGAUGCCACUGUUCGAAGAAAAGAAAACUGAGGUUGAAGAGGGUGGUUAGAGUUCCGGCGAUAAGCUUGAAAAUGGCGGACAUCCCACCGGACGAUUAUUCGUGGAGAAAAUAUGGUCAAAAGCCGAUUAAAGGGUCUCCACAUCCGAGAGGUUAUUACAAGUGUAGCAGCGUGAGAGGGUGCCCAGCCCGGAAACACGUAGAACGGGCCGUAGACGAUCCGGCGAUGCUAGUGGUGACCUACGAAGGAGAACACAAUCACACUCUGUCUGCGCCCGAAACCGCUAAUCUCAUCCUAGAGUCCUCCUAGGCUAUCGUCAUCUCGAAGGAGAUCGGAGGGUCAGUUUUUUUCCACGUUAUUUAUCAAAUAUAUUUAAUGGAUUUUCUCUCCCUCUUUUCUUGAACGAUGUGAAUUUGUCUAUUAUUAAUAUUUUAUUUAAAGAAAAAGCAAGGAAAGGAUUGUGGAUUUGGUAUUA